CGCCGCAGCCGCCGCCCGGGGGCAGCGGGAGCCCUGGGCGGUGCCAGGCGGGAUCAGGCCCAGGCUGGUUUCGGAUCUGGCGUGAGCACAAGCAUCACUUUGUCCAUGAAGCCUUUUCUCUCUGCUGGAUAAGUGGCGGCUCCUGGGGAUACAGGGCCCCUGCAGCAGCCCUGUGUGGUUUUAGUCCAUUGUCAAGGCUGUCUCCACCAUACAGGUACCUAGGCUGUCAAGAUGCCAGGGCCAAGACCUCGGAAAGGACCCCAGGCCAGUGGCCAGGGUGUGGCAGCUGCAAAGCAGCUGGGGCUCUUUGUGGAGUUCAGCCCUGAGGACAUGCUGCUGGGGAUGGAGGAGACUGAAGAUGACGGAGAUCUUGAGGCUGAACUGCUGGCCCUCACUGGGGAAGCAGGGGCUUCAGGCAAGAAACCCACAACCAAGGGGCAGGCCCCCCUGCCUAUGGCCCACAUCGAGAAGUUGGCUGCAGACUGUAUGCAGGAUGUGGAGGAGGAGGAGGAGGAGGAGGAAGGGCUGGAGGAGGAUGCAGACUUGCUGACUGAGCUGCAGCAGGUCCUGGGUGCAGAUGGGGAGACUGGGCCCCUGGAUGGUGAUAAGACAGCUAGUCCAGGUGGCUCUGAAGAGGAGAAGGGACAGGAAGACACUGAAGCUCCAGUACAGACAGCUCUGCUAACAGCUUCGAUCCCAGCAGCUCAGGCUGGAGGGCCUCGGGGGCUGCAGGCUCUUCUGGAGGAUCGGAUCCACAACUACCGGGAGGCUGCAGCCAGUGCCAAGGAGGCAGGUGAAGCAGCCAAAGCCAGGCGCUGUGAGCGUGGCCUAAAGACUCUGGAGGCCCAGCUGGCUGCUGUGAGGAAAGGCAGGAAGAUCAGUGAGGAUGAGAUUCCACCUCCAGUGGCCUUGGGCAAGAGACAGCCUGUCCCCCAGGAAACAACUGACAGGAACCCAGAGGCAGAUGCCCCAGCUCCCUUCACCGUGGAGCCAGACAAGUCCUCCCAGAUGGAGACAAGUCUCUUGGGUGGUCCUGGCAUUUCUGCCCCACCUGAUUCAGACCCAGACCCAGACCCACAGGCCCUGUUGUUGGCUCGACAGAGAGAGUACAAAUUGGCUGCCCUGAAUGCCAAGCGGGCUGGAGACCUAGACCGUGCCCGAGAGCUCAUGAGGAUCGGGAAGAGAUUUGGUGCCGUCCUAGAGGCCCUGGAGAAGGGACAGCCUGUGGACCUGAGUGCCAUGCCCCCCGCGCCAGAGGAUCUGAAGCCCCUUCCACAGGCUUCCAGAGCUCUCACAGCACCCUCAGCUGUAUCCCCAGCAGUGGAGCGAGUGCAGCCAGUGAUGGCCUCAGACACUCCAGCAGCCCCAGGCGUCCCUGCUGAGCCACAGACGGUGCUGGAUGCCCUGCAGCAGAGACUGAACAAGUACCGGGAGGCGGGCACCCAGGCCCGGAGCAGCGGGGACGAGCGCAAGGCACGGAUGCAUGAACGCAUUGCUAAGCAAUAUCAAGAUGCCAUUCGAGCACACCAGGCAGGACGGAGGGUUGACUUUGCCGAGCUGCCUGUUCCUCCAGGGUUCCCCCCCAUUCCUGGCCUGGAGCCCACCACGGGCACCGAGGACGACGCAGUGGCAGCUACUUUAGCAGCUGCCCAGAAGCUGGUUUCCGCAGAGGAUACAGCCCCAGCAGAGGAAAAGGAGGAUGAGGAUGAGUCCCCAGCCCAGGCCCCAGUGGCCAAGAAGCCAGCGAAGCCUGUGGUCCCUUCGUUCCGGGCUGUGCCUGAAUCCAAGGCCUCAAGUUCUAAGGAGUCAGUGAGUCCAUCUGUGCGGGAGCAGCUCGCAUUGCUAGAGGCACGGAAACUGCAGUACCAGCGGGCAGCGCUGCAGGCCAAGCGUGGCCAGGACCUGGAGCAGGCCAAAGCCCAUCUGAGGGUAGCCAAAUGCCUCGAGGCUCAAAUCACCCAGGUACGAGCUGGCCGACCUGUGGACCUCUCCAAGGUGCCUUCACCCUUGACGGAUGAGGAGGGUGACUUCAUCCUCAUUCACCAUGAGGACCUGCGACUCUCCCAGAAGGCUGAGGAGGUGUAUGCCCAGCUACAAAAAAUGCUUCUGGAGCAACAUGAGAAGUGUCUGCUGUUCUCCAAGCAGUUCAUGCACCAGGGCAAUGUGGCUGAGACUACCAGGUUUGAGAAUCUCGCUCAGGACCGCAAGAAGCAGCUUGAGAUCCUGCAGCUGGCCCAGGCCCAGGGUCUUGACCCUCCCAGCCAUCACUUUGAAUUGAAGACAUUCCAGACUGUGAGGAUCUUCUCAGAACUCAACAGUACAGAAAUGCAUCUGAUCAUUGUCCGGGGAAUGAACCUCCCAGCCCCUUCAGGGGUGACUCCUGAUGACUUGGAUGCCUUUGUGCGGUUUGAGUUCCACUACCCUAACUCGGACCAGGCUCAAAAAAGCAAAACAGCUGUGGUGAAGAACACAAACUCUCCAGAAUUUGAUCAACUCUUCAAACUAAACAUCAACCGAAACCACCGGGGCUUCAGGAGGGUGAUCCAAAGCAAAGGAAUCAAGUUUGAAAUCUUCCACAAAGGAUCCUUCUUCAGAAGUGAUAAGCUGGUUGGCACAGCCCACGUGAAGCUGGAGCGGCUGGAGAAUGAGUGUGAGAUCAGAGAGAUUGUGGAGGUCCUAGAUGGAAGGAAGCCCACUGGAGGCAAGCUGGAGGUGAAGGUGAGGCUGCGGGAGCCUCUUAGUGGCCAAGACAUGCAAGUAGUCACUGAGAACUGGCUGGUCCUGGAGCCCAGGGGCCUGUAAGGAGACCAUCCAUCUCGGGAGAGGAGACAGGCCAGCGACUGUGUGCGGGAACAUACUUUUCCCAGGCUUUGUACAUAAGGAAGAUGCUGCUACACAAGCACCAAAGAUCUGUGAAGUAUGUGCAUUACUGAUCACACAGCCCUGGCCUUUCCUGUUGCUGGCCCCUCCCUGGGCCUCCACCACAGCAGGCUGGAUUCCAGGAGUCCCUUCCCCCUUCCACUGCCUCCCUUUCCAGCAGGGCAAAGGUAGCCUCAUUGCUCUAUGCCAUGGAGUCUUCUGUCCCCUUAACCUUGUGUAGCAACUGUGUGUAGCUUAACCCCAGCCCCCAGUUGCAACAUUUUUGGAUGUGCCUUUAAAAGAUCUAACUAAGGGAUGGGAGAACUUGAGGGUGAUCGGGAAUGCCCCCCCAGCCUAGGGUGGGGGCAGGGUUCCGUGACUCCACUUGGUCAGUGGCAGCCUGUCCCACUCAACUCAGUUUACCCCAGCUGUGCCUGUGCCUUGGUUCCUGACUGCUGCUGCCCUAGCCUCCCUGCUUCCCAAAGCUCGCAGUAGAGGAGGGAAGGGACAUUCGGGAAUGUGAUGCUGGGAAGUAAGGGCAAGGAUGCAUCUUGGGUUUGGUCCAUGCACCUAAGACUAAAUGACUGUUAACUGGAAGAAAAAAAAAAAAAGAAAAAAAUAUAAAUAUAUAAUUUUAUCUAGCUGUUUUUAUUUAAGAAAGUAGGUGUAAUUCAUUAUGGGAUUUUACAUUCUAUAUGCAGAGUAACUAUCAAAGUCCUGAAUAAAAGCUCUAUUCCCUGUCACCUUUAAAA